UGAAUCAGGUCCAGGUUCGGGUCCGGACCUGGACCUGAUCCUCUGGACCUGAACCGGACCUGGACCUGAAUUUUCUGUACCGGAACCCGACCCUUUGUUGAACACAAUCUGGGAAAAUUUUGGUUACACACUCAGAUAAGCAGGCAAGUGCUCAAUCCAUGAGUUUACAAUUAUGAUUAGUUUGAUACCAUAGAAAAGGAAAUCACACAAGCUUUCUAUUGAUAUAGAAUGCAUUGAAAUUGAUGCAGAAACAUCAGAAAUGCAUUGUAUGAUCAACCAAAGUCCAUAACACUUUUUGUGCCAGGUUUAUAGCAGGCUACAGCCCAGUAUGUACAACAAAGCGAGGAGGCUGCUGGUUCUUCUGCUGAUCAUCCUGAAGGAAGCUGGACCGACCGCAGCACAGGACUGCAGCAGCAGCUGCUCAUCAGACUGUAUCUGCAGCAGCAGAGGCCUCACCAGUGUUCCUCAGGACCUGCCUACAGACAUUACUCAGCUUGACUUAAACAACAAUACCAUCGCAAACUUAAGUCAGUCUGAUUUCUUAAGAUACAAGAGAUUGACAUUAUUAGAUCUUCAUUCCAAUCAGAUCUCCAUAAUCCAUAACAAAACAUUCCAUAACUUAACCAGCCUUACUGUACUGUACUUGUACAAUAACAAGUUAACUACUCUCCCAGCUGAUAUAUUUGUGGGACUUGGGAACCUACAAAACUUGUAUCUUAACUCAAACCAGUUAACUACUCUCACAGCUGACAUAUUUUUGGGACUCAGUAAUCUGCAGGACUUGCGUCUUAACCAGAACCAUUUAACUAGUCUCUCAGCUGAUAUAUUUGUGGGCCUUGGUAAGUUGCAGACCUUGUAUCUUUCCUCAAACCAGUUAACUAUUGUUCCUCAGAACCUGCCUACAGACAUCACUCAGCUUGACUUACGAGGCAACACCAUCACAAACCUAAGUCAGUCUGAUUUCUCAAGGUACAGGACCUUGACAAGAUUAGAUCUUCGUUCCAAUCAGAUCUCCAUGGUUAAUAACAAAACAUUUCACAACUUAAAUAGUCUGACUCAACUGUACCUGCAGAAUAAUGAUUUAGAUAAUCUCUCAGCUGACAUAUUUGCUGGGCUUGGUAAGCUGCAGACCUUGUAUCUUUCCUCAAACAAAUUAACUAACCUCUCAGCUGAUAUAUUUGCAGGGCUUGUUGACCUGAAAUACUUGCAUUUUGCCCAUAAUCGAUUAACUAACCUUUCAGCGGACAUAUUUGUGGGACUUGGGAAACUGGAGACCUUGUCUUUUUUCUCAAACCCGUUAACUACUCUCCCUGCUAAAAUAUUUGAAGGACUUGGUAACUUGAAAAACUUGAACAUUGCGCAUAACAAGCUAACUGACCUCUCUGCUGACAUAUUUGCUGGACUUGGUAAUCUGUUGGGCUUGUAUCUUCACCAGAAUGAGUUAUCUAGUCUUCCAGCUGACAUAUUUGUGGGACUUGGUGAUCUGCAGACUUUGUCUCUUUCCCGGAACAAAUUAACCAGUCUCUCUGCUGACAUAUUUGUGGGACUUGGGAAACUGGAGACCUUGUCACUUGAUAAUAAUAACUUAACUAGUCUCUCAGCUGACACAUUUGUGGGACUUGGUAACCUACAGAGUUUAAAUCUUAACAACAACAAGCUAACUAAUCUCCCAGCUGAUGUAUUUGUGAGACUUGGUAACUUGCUGACUUUGCAUCUUUCCCAAAAUCAGUUUACUAAUCUGCCAGAUCACAUAUUCAAGGGACUUGGUAAUCUGACACGCUUGUCUCUUAGCUACAACAACUUAACUAGUCUCUCCGCUGACAUAUUUUCAGGACUUGGUAAUCUGGAGACCUUAUCACUUGAUAAUAACUUAUUAUCUAGUCUCUCAGCUGACAUAUUUGUGGGACUUGGGAACCUGCAGAACUUGCGUCUUUACAACAACAAGUUACCUAGUCUCCCAGCUGACAUACUUGUAGAACUGGGUAAUCUGGAAUACUUGUCUCUUUUCUCCAACCAGCUAACUAGUCUGUCUGAUUUCAUAUUUUCAGGACUUGGUAAUCUGGAGACCUUGUUGCUUGAUAAUAACCUGCUAACUGAUCUCUCAACUGAUACAAUUGCGGGGCUAAGUAACCUACAGACCUUAAAUCUCAGAAACAAUGAGCUAACUAAUCUCUCAGCUGAUGUAUUUGUAGAACUUGGUAACUUGCAGACCUUACGUCUUUCCCAAAAUCAGUUAACUAAUCUGUCUGAUUACAUAUUCAAGGGACUUGGCAAACUGACACUCUUGUCUCUUAGCUACAACAAUUUAACUAGUCUCUCAGCUAACAUAUUUUCAGGACUUGGCAAUCUGAAGACCUUGUCACUUGAUAAUAACCAGUUAACUAAUUUCCCAGCUGAUACAUUUGUGGGACUUGGUAAUCUGACCACCUUGUCUCUUUCCCAGAACCUGUUAACUAGUCUCUCAGCUGACAUAUUUUCAGGACUUGGUAAUCUGGAGACCUUGUUACUUGAUGAUAACCUGCUAUCUAGUCUCUCCGCUGACUUAUUUGUGGGACUUGGCAACCUACAGAGCUUGAAUCUUAACUACAACAAUCUAACUGAUCUCUCAGCUGAUGUAUUUGUGGGACUUGGUAACUUGCAGGCCUUACGUCUUUAUCGAAAUCAAUUAAGUUAUCUGCCUGACCACAUAUUCAAGGGACUUGGUAAUCUGACACGCUUGUCUCUAAGCUCAAACAAUUUAAGUAGUCUCCCAUCUGACAUAUUUUCAGGACUUGAUAAUCUGGGGAUAUUGUUACUGGAAAAUAAUCAGUUAUCUAAUCUCUCAGCUGACAUGUUUGUGGGACUUGGUAACUUGCUGACCUUACGUCUUUCCCAAAAUCAGUUUACUAAUCUGCCAGAUUACAUAUUCAAGGGACUUGGUAAUCUGACGCUCUUGUCUCUUAGCUACAACAAUUUCACUAGUCUCCCAGCUGGUAUAUUUAUGGGACUGCAUAACCUAGAUCGGCUUUACCUUAACAGUAAUGACAUCCACAGUAUUGAAGCAGGCACCUUUAAUGACACAACACAGCUUAGAAUUCUAGAUCUUGCAAACAACAACAUCAGAACCAUCCCAGCUCACACAUUUGGGAAUCUACAUAAGCUUAAAGAACUGAGACUCGACUAUAAUAACAUCAGCACCUUCCCUUUAGAAGCUUUAAAAAAUUUGAAUAUUUCAGUGCUGUCAAAACUUGAGAUACAAAAUAACCAAAUGGAGACACUUCCCGUCAUGGCAUAUGACAUACUGGCUUCCAUUCGAACUGUUAGGAUUGAGAAUAACACCUGGCAGUGUGACUGUAGGAUGGCUCCCUUUAGACAGAGGAUGAACGGGUCUUACCCAUUUGAAGACCAGAUCAGAUGUGCCGGACCUGGUAACCUUACAGGGCAACUCUUAAGGAAUGUAAGUAAUGAAGACUUGCUUUGUAAAGAUAUGACACCAGUCUAUCCCACUUCAAGUGCAAGACGCACAGUUGACUCUACCCUUAGCUUGUCAACAGUUAGCAGUUCUCCUUUGGUACCAACAGAAAGAAAUGUUAGUGGCCUCUUCUUGUCCACGCCCCUGCUUGCUACUCUGGGAGCUGUUCUUGGAAUAUUAUUUAUUUCCACCAUUGCCUUUGCAGUGGGGUGCAUGUAUAAGAGGAGGAAAAGGGAUCAUACUUCUGCGGUAGCCUCCAGUGCUGGCUCUAGUAACCCAAACCCCACAGGCACAUCCAGUGGUCAAGAUCAGAUGCAGCUAGCAAACAUAAACAGUCAAUCCAAAAUUACCCAUGGGCACAGUCAGCAUAUCUAUAAUGUUCCAAAUGACGACCCUGACACAGCUGAGUAUCAAACCAUAUCUGAAAUAAAUCAAGCAUGGGAAAGCCCACACCAAGGUGCAGGCAACAUUCAGCAUCUCCGCAGCUUUAAUGAUGGUUAUGAGAUUCCAUUCCCCUCCCAGGGCCCCCAAAAUGGUCCCCAUUCACAAGGUAGACAAGGCCCUCAGUCCCACAAAUAUGUGAACAGCCAUGUGAUAGCAGCUGCUAAAGAUGCUGCAGCUGGUCCACAUGGUAUUGUGUAUGAGAAUGGUGUUGAGAUACACUCUGCAAGAGAAGACCCACAGUCCCACAAAUAUGAGAACAGCCAGGUGAUAGCUGCUGCUAAAGAUGCUGCAGCUGGUCCACAGGUUAUCGUGUAUGAGAAUGAUGUUGAGACAGAAUCUACAAAAGAAGACCCACAGUCCCACAAAUAUGUGAACAGUCAGAUGAUAGAAGCUGAUGCUAAACAUACUACAGCUAUUCCAAAAGCUAUUGUUUAUGACAAUGAUGAUGAGUCAGUUGAUAACCAAUCCUAGAAAGCAGCUGUUGGUACUGCUGGUCCAAACCACCAUGAACCCCUAAGGAACCCCAGUGGUCAGCAGCAACACACCUACACAUCCCUGCUGCCUUAUGAUGUACAACAUCAUUAGACAACAUCUAAUUAAUGCUUUGAGAAAUCACUUUACGAAAAUAAUGAUUGGCCCUGAAUAAGAGUCAUGACACCUUUAACCAACAAACACAACAGAUUGAUGAUAUGAAAUGACAUGAAAAACGGAUGAGUAUGUGGAUAAAUUUCCUAUCAAUGUUCAAACCAAUCAUACAUCCACUUAUAGAGUAUAAGUAACAACAAAUUCAAUUAGUUAUUGCACAGUCAUGUGGACAUUGGUAGAAGGCACAGAACUACAAUGUACAUUUAGUUCAAUCUUUUAAAAAAAUGGUCACAAAAAGUACAUGGCCUGCAAAUGAGAAAAUAAGAAAAUGUCUUGACAGAAUUGGGACCCUUAAGGUACCUACACUAGCCUGUUCUUGAUUACUAAUAUAUAUGUGAUUGAUAUGAAUUAUAAAUAUCAUGUGUAAAAUAGUCAUGUGUAAAAGCUUUUUCCAAAAGAGCAACAUUUAACAGCUGUAUUAAUGUGCAAAUUACUUAACAAUAUUUACUGUAAUAACAUAAUAUUUUCUCCUGUAAUGCUUGACUGAUUUAUAAUGGCCAUAUAUUUUUGCAUGAAAUUAAUCAUUGUAUUAAAUGUGAUAAUGAAUACUCUUGUAGCUUUAAAAUCAGAGAAUUACAUAACAUAUAUACUGAUUGAUUACAUGUAAUCUCAUGAAAUAGAACCUUAAAACUCAAUGUAUAUUCCUAAUGAAAGAACUAGCUCAGCCGGAAUAGUUCCUAGCAAACAGUAAUGUGAAAGAACUAAUCUGAAAUUGCCACUUAUAUCAGACACAGGACUGACACCUUGCAAUGUCAACACUGUAACAGAAAUCCACAGCAAUUUCACAAGUGUAGUAUGUCUGUUUUAGUUUAAGUUAUUGUAUGUAUAUCUCAGAGUUUGGAGCAACCAUAGCAAGCCUUCCUGCCUGGCUGACCCAUGUAAUGUACUGCCACCUUUUCAAUAAAUGCAAAGUACUGAGGGUAUCUCAACUGUGUUGGCCAUGUGGUCUCUAGUCUCUGUGUGCCUGUGCGUGCAGCUGGUAUGUUGCUCUGUAGGUCGGUUGUCAAGUAAAGCGGGAUAAGAACAUAGGCAAACAUGCCUGUCCCUGGUGCUGAACACUAUACACAUAAUGUGUGUUAGCACAUAUGUCCU